AUGUUUUGAAGUCAAGACUAGGGGCAUCAGGCCCCUCCCACUCUCCAGUUCAUUCGCGGUGAUGGUUCAGAGAGGAGGAAGCUGGAGCGUGCAGAGGACAAAGAGGUGUAAUGGGGAGGAUUUGGUAUUUUUGUUGGGGGGGUGGGGAAAAGGAGGGAAGAGCCCCACUCCCCCCUUUCCCUUUGGGGGUCCCUGGUGCAUGCAAUCCAUUUGCAAAGGAGGCACUUGAGAGCUACUCCCUACGUGAGAGUCCCAGAGCUGGCCUAGUUUAUGUCUCCCUCUCAGGCAGCGCCAUGGCCUCAGAGGCACCGUCCGGAUUGUCUCUUCUCUGGGAUAGAGUGGAAAGAGCAGCUGGGCAGCCCAAUCAGGAUCUGUUGCCCUUCCAGGGUCUGGUGACCUUUGAGGAGGUGGCCAUGUAUUUCACGGAGGAGGAAUGGGCCCUGCUGGAUCCCGACCAAAGAGCUCUGCACAGGGAAGUCAUGGAGGAGAAUUAUGAGACGGUGGCCUCUCUCGAAUCGGACCUCCAUUCGUGUUGGGAAGAAAGAGAAGAUCCCUUUAUCCAGGAUCCCAAAGACGAGGCGACAGGAACAGCAGGUGACGGAGAGAAGAAUGAGAAUUAUAGAGAACCGCAGAUGGUGCCACUGGUAAUAGGCAAGAGUGAGAGUCAAAAAGAGAUGUUUGGAAAUCACGGGGGACCAAAAACGUCUGAAAGAAAUCAGUCAAAGAAUGGGAGCAAGAAAUCCUCUACUUCUCAUACUCUUGAUCAAAGAACACACACUGGAGAAAAACCAUUUAAAUGCAGGAAGUGUGGAAAGAGCUUCAGUGGGAAUGGUCAACUGAAAUUAGAUGAAAAAACCCACACAGGCAAGAAACCAUUUAAAUGCAUGGUGUGUGGAAAGAGCUUCAGUCUAAGCAGAAGUCUUAAAUUACAUGAAAGAAGCCACACAGGGGAGAAUCCAUUUAAAUGUAGGGAGUGUGGAAAGAGCUUCAGUGUAAGCAGUAGACUUAAAGUACAUCACAGAACCCACACAGGGGAGAAACCAUUUAAAUGCAGGGUGUGUGGAAAGCACUUCAGUCAAAGUGGUAGCCUUAAAUUACAUCACCGAACACACACAGGAGAGAAACCAUUUCAAUGCAUGGAGUGUGGAAAGAGGUUCAGUCGGAGAGAUAGCCUUACAUUACAUGAAAGAAGCCACACAGGGGAGAAUCCAUUUCAAUGUAUGGAGUGUGGAAAGAGCUUCAAUGUAACCAGUAGCCUUAUAUUACAUCACCGAACACACAGAGGGGAGAAACCAUUUAAAUGCAUGGAGUGUGGAAAGAGCUUCCGUCAGAGCAGUAAGCUUACUUCACAUGAAAGAACCCACACAGGCGAGAAACCAUUUCAAUGCAUGGAGUGUGGAAAGAGGUACAGUCGGAGAGAUAGCCUUACAGUACAUGAAAGAAGCCACACAGGGGAGAAUCCAUUUCAAUGUAUGGAGUGUGGAAAGAGCUUCAGUGUAAGCAGUAGCCUUAUAUUACAUCACCGAACACACACAGGAGAGAAACCAUUUAAAUGCAUGGAGUGUGGAAACAGGUUCAGUCGGAGAGAUAGCCUUACUUCACAUCAAAGAACCCACACAGGGGAGAAACCAUUUAAAUGCAGGAAGUGUGGAAAGAGCUUCAGUGUAAGCAGUAGCCUUACUUCACAUCAAAGAACCCACACAGGGGAGAAACCAUUUAAAUGCAUGGAGUGUGGCAAGAACUUCAGUCAGAGCAGUAAGCUUACUUCACAUGAAAGAACCCACACAGGCGAGAAACCAUUUAAAUGCAUGGAGUGUGGAAAGAACUUCAGUCAGAGUAGCACCCUUACUUCGCAUCACAGAACACACACAGGGGAGAAGCCAUUUAAAUGUAAGGAAUGUGGAAAGAGCUUCAGUCAGAGCAGUAAGCUUACUUCACAUCAAAGAACCCACACGGGAGCAACCAUUUAAAUUCAGGGAGUGUGGAAAUAGCUUCAGUGUAAGCAGUAAACUUACUUUACAUGAAAGAAAGCACAUGGGAGAAACCAUUUAAAUGCAAGAACUUCAAUGGGAACCUUACUCUUCAUCUUGCAAGCUAAAUAUAUUAAAGCCCUAAAUGGGUUGGGGCCAGGAUAUUUGAAA